ACAGGAAGGUUGAAGAGACAUUUUGUUGGGUUGAUGCACUUAGUUCACUGAGGAUUUUCCUUUCCCCCUCAAAAACAAUUUAAGUUUAAGGCAUAUGAAAUUCCCAGCCGGCAAUGACAUGUUGCUGUUAAGUUAAACCUUGGCUCCUCUGUGAUCCCUUCUUGCUUUCAAUGGCUUCAGGUCUCUACGCAGACUGCUUUGGAAUCAUGAGAGAUGAAAUUGCAACGGCAGUUUUUUUUGUCACGAGAUUGGUGAAAAAGCACGAGAAAUUGAGUACAAAACAGAUAGAAGUCUUUGCACUAAAGCUGAUGACUAUCUUGUUUGAAAAGUACAGAGGUCACUGGCACCCUGACUGCCCUUCCAAGGGGCAGGCUUUUAGGUGUAUCAGGAUAAACAACAAUGAGAACAAAGACCCCAUUUUAGAAAGGGCUUGUUCUGAGAGUAAUGUGAAUUUUUUUCACCUGGGACUUCCAAAGGAGAUGACCAUAUGGGUCGAUCCCUUUGAGGUGUGCUGUAGGUAUGGUGAGAAAAAGCAUCCCUUUACAAUUGCUUCUUUUAAAGGCAGAUGGGAGAACUGGGAACUAGCUCAGCAUAUCAGCUGCGCAGUCAACAGAGCCACCGGGGACUGCUCUUCUAGCACAUCUUCUGACGAAGAAAGCUGCAGCAGUGAGCCCCAAGUCAUCCCCAAAGUCAACAACCCGAAGAGCAUCUACCAGGUUGAAAACUUCAAACAGUCCUUCCAACCAUGGCUCUGCCUCCCCCGUAGAAAGCAUCUGCCAGAUGGUCCUGGGGGCCUCCUGGGGCCUGCUUACCACCCAGUGCCCAAGAACUCUAAGUGCUGCAGGCCUGCCGGGCGGCGGGUGGACAGGUACCACUGGGUCAACGCACAGUUGUACAGUGGUCACGCAGCACCAGGCGAGCUUGGAGGCGAGGCCUUGUCUUCCCUAAAGCAAAAAUGAGGCUGAUGUCAAGAAAUUCCCCCAACAGAAAAAAAAAUGAUGGCAUCAGGGGCGAGAGUGUGCAAGGUCAUCCUCGCUCACAGGUCGCCACUUGGCUUUUAGCUCCUUUUAAUUCUCAUUUAACUUUAUAUAAAAUUCUGUGUAACACUAGUGAGUACAUGUGCCUAGUAAAGUAGUAGAACAGAGACACUGCCUCUAAUAAAAUAAAAUGAAUUAUGGGAAGGAAGAGUUGAAAUAAAUGCACUGUGUUUUUAAAUGAAAUCCUAAUUCAGUUUGUUUCACGAAAGUUAUAAGUCUUUUGUUUCUUUCUUAGUCGUUUUAAAAGUAGGUUUUCAGUUAAUGAAGCGUGAUCCUGGUGGAAAAGCCCUCUGGAUUCACCUUUGUUAUUUGUUGUAACCAGUCUAUUUUAUAAAUCUGCUAAGACAUUGUUAGAUUGUUUUUUAAAGAUAAGCGAAUUCCCUCAUUAUGUCUUUUGAAAAGUUUAAUU